AUGUCUGCACCACAAACGACGAAAGGCUGGACGGUCGAGGGCACUGGUAGCCUCGACUGUCUUAGGUUCAGCGAGAAUCUCGUCGUGCCGGGUCUCAAAGCCAACGAGGUUUUGGUCAAAUUCCAUGCCGCAUCGCUGAACUAUCGUGACGGACACUACCCUUUGCCUGUUAAGCAGAGUGUCGUUCCAGGCUCCGACGGAGCUGGAGAGGUCGUGGCAGUUGGUUCCAAGGUUACUCGUUUUGAGAAGGGUGCCAAGGUCAUCACACUGUUCAGUCAGGCUCAUCAAUCUGGAGAACUAACCCCUGAGAUCUUGAGUUCAAGCCUAGGCGGUGCCAUCGAUGGGACUCUACGACAAUAUGGGGUUUUCAACGAAGAGGGUUUGUCUUAUAUGCCCAAGAAUCUUAAUUACCUGGAAGCCGGAACACUUUCUUGCGCCGCUCUCACGGCGUGGAAUGCCCUUUAUGGAGUCAGGCCAGUCGGUGCCGGUGACUGGGUUCUGACCCAAGGUACAGGAGGAGUGAGUAUUGCUGGCUUACAGUUCGCCAAGGCGGCAGGUGCUAGGGUCAUCGCGACAACCUCUUCUCCCGUCAAGGCUGAGAUGUUGAAAAAGCUUGGAGCAGACCAUGUCAUUAAUUACAAGGAGAACCCGAACUGGGGCGACGAGGCUAAGGCUAUAAGCGGAGGCGUCAAGCAUGUCAUCGAGGUCGGAGGCAUGACCACUAUAAAGGAGAGCCUCAACGCCGUCAGCCUUGGUGGCGUCGUCACUAUCAUUGGCUGGGUUGGCGGGAGUAUCGUCGUUGGAAGCAGAGAGGAAUUCGAAGCAAUGAUUCGGGCAAUUGAGGCUUAUGACAUCAAGCCCGUUAUCGAUCAGAAGGUCUUCAAGCUUGAGGAGCUGAAAGAGGCCUGCAAGUAUCAAUGGGAUCAGAAGCACUUUGGCAAAGUUGCAAUCCAGAUUGAGUGA